AUGGCUUCCAGUGGGGGGUUGAGCAACGCGGACUUUGCGCGUAUGUUCUGCGGCGAAGCGCAGCGGGAGAUCGCAAGCCGUAUACCGGAUACAAGUGAUGACAUCACCGCGACUACGAAUGUUGUUUAUGAGCUAAAGCAGGGCGAAGAGGAUCGACAACUUGAGGACGUUUCUGAGGCGUCACGAAAGUCUCAUCUUGAGACUAAUAUUAGUUCUGGAUCAAGCUUGGGCCCUAGUCGGAGCGUUGGGGUUGGUUUGGGCCUACAACUUGACUCUGGAUCUGGAUUGGGUUUCACAGAGAAUAAGAAGAAUAUAAGAGUAUCAAAACUUACUGAGACCAAGACGUAUUCCUGGGAGAAACACACGACAGGAUUUGGCACAAAAAUGCUGGCUAAAAUGGGUUUUAAAGGUCGCCUAGGAAAGAUGGAGGAUGGCGUGUCGGCCACUAUUGAGGUGAAAAAGCGGCCGGCCCAGAUGGGCAUGGGCUACGGAGACUUUGUGGAAGCUAGCAAUCUUAAGCAAAAUAGGAAAUUGCAAAAAGAACUCCAAGGUGAAAAUGCUGGUGAUGAGGAGACAAAUUAUGAGGCUCGAUAUGGUCUGGAGGACGACUCGUUGUGGAGAAAGAGGCUAAUUGGGUCAUGUCGCCAGAGACACAAGCGAGCAGCGGACUUGAUGCAGGAAGUUCACGACAUGAAAAAACACAGAUCAAAUGACAUUGUACUAGAUAUGAGAGGUCCGUCCGUAAGGGUGCUCACCGAUAUGAAGGCUGCAUAUCAUGUUGAUCUGCAGCAUAUGACACCAAAGCUAGGCGACGAAUUGGUUUACAAUAUAUGUACGUUAUUAAAUCUGACAAAAGGAAAAUUGUACGACCUGACGCAAAAAAUCAGCGUAAACAAGGAAAGUCUUACCGGGAUAAAGAUGGAGACCAAAAUGAUGACGACACAGCUAGAUGUGAAUGAUGUGCAACAGCAGCACAUAGAAGGAAUUAUUAAGCAAUUGAAAAUACUGGAUAGUCUUCGUGAGGAUGCAUUCGAAAUGAAGUCGGUGGAGUCUCUUUUAACACAUCUGCGCAGGAUACGUCAGCAUUUUCCGAUCGAGUUUGAUGCGCAUAAGUUGCUGCAACUUGUGCCGUCUAUCUGUAUUCCUCCGCUUCGAGCCUUACUAACAGAAUUAGAUUUGCUCGAUCCGAUAUCAAACGAUCGUAUCGUGCUUCAAUUGCGAUUAGUUCGGGCAUUUUUAACAGAGUCACCCAGGGAUACAGUCAAAAAGAAUAUUCCUCAAGUGGGCAGUGUGCUGCCUAUUAUCCGGGAAAAAACUAUAGCCGAAGGCAGUGAUCUAUACAAUUUCAUACUGGAAGACACAUUAUGGCCUGCUUUAGCGCAUUGUGUAAAUGUGGAUUGGCAAGCAAAGGCAAAUCCACUUAGCUGUAUUAAUUUGUUUUUAAAGGUCAGAUUGCACCUUUCGAGUGAAUUGGAGAAUGCUUUUAUACAUCGAUUAGUGUUUGUUCGUCUGAAAAAAGAGUGCCAACAUUGGGAUCCUCAAUCGGAUACAAUAUCUAUUCAGGAGUGGUUGCUACCUUGGCUGCCUUAUGUCGGUGCUGCGAUGGUGUACCUGUACCCUGACAUUCGACUAGCGCUGGCAAGCGCCUUGAAUCAGUGGCAUCCAUCAGACCUAUCAAUACUUUCUAUUUUGUCUCCAUGGCGAGAGCUUUGGGGUGAGCGCGAAUAUGGCAAAUUUACCCAUCGGCAUAUCAUGCGAAAAUUGAUACGAUGUUUGCAUCGAGAGUUUGAAAUCAAUCCUGAGGAGCAGUCUCUCGAAGCUUUGACGUGGGUACUGGCGUGGAGAGAUUGUCUCCCUGACCGCCAGCUCGUUGCUCUUUUGGAAGGCGAGUUCUUCCCAAAGUGGCUGAAGGCUUUACGCAAAUGGGUUGACGGCUCUCCAAAUUUGAUCGAGCUUGAAAAAUGGUAUUGCGGUUGGAAACUGCUUUUUGAAAGAAAUAAGCUAGCAACCAAUGAUAGAUUGCUCAUUCAUUUCCAUGGAGCCCUUGUGCUGCUACAGAUUGCUACCGACUCGGUUUUCGGGAGCAGUCGGACAGUACCGGAGCUAAAUGGAUAUGCUGCCACGAGUUAUCAAGAUGCACUAGUGUUAGCGCGGGACGCGAGUGGGCGAGACGAGCUGGUUCAAGACGAAAAAACCUUACCACGAAAAACAGUCGCCCACAGGGUCAGCUUGAAAGAUGCCAUUGAAAACAUGGCAAUAAAUCACAACUUGACUUUCAUGCCGAAAGGUUAUCACGAUGGACAACAGAUAUAUAUGUUUGGGGAGCGCAAAAUAAUCAUAGAGCAGGGCGUAGUGUUUGCCGAAGAUUUCAAAAAUGUGUUUAAGCCUGUGGAUCUUGAGCAACUUUUGAUCGAGACCAGCGGAAAACACGCUUGUUGA